CGCACAGAGCACCACGGACCUGCUCCACGCCCCACUCCGGGGCCAAAGGGCCACCCUCCACGGCUGGGCACCCAAAGACACCCGAACGUCUUCAAAGCCUGCAAAAGCCUCGGGGGGGCCAUGGAGCCCACUCUGGGCGCUCGCUGAGAAAAGACCACUUUUUCCCCGGCGUGCCCCUUAUCCGCCCAUCUCGGCCGGGACCCGCGAAGGAGGCUAGGGUAAGCCACGCGCGUCUCUCGGACUCAAGACCUGAGGGAAGCCAACGACGGCUGAGCGCCUCUCUCCUCCUCCUCCUCCUCCUCCUCCUGCCUCUGCUCCUUCUUCUCCUCGCCAUGGAUUCCUUCAAAGCGGGGAUGAGCUUGGAGAGGCUUCCGGACGGGUUGAGACCUCCGCAGACUACUUCCCACGACAUGGCUUCCAGCUUCCAUUUGCAGCGCGCUUCCGAAGGCAGGGAGACGCUGGAGAAUUCGGCUAGCGAGUCCUCGGACACCGAAGUCCCAGACAAGGACCGGGUGGGGGUGCCCAAGGGCGGCGAGGACGGGGCGGCGGACGACCCGGCCAAGAAGAAGAAGCAGCGCCGGCAAAGGACGCACUUCACCAGCCAGCAGCUCCAGGAGCUCGAGGCCACCUUCCAGAGGAACCGCUACCCGGACAUGAGCAUGCGCGAGGAGAUCGCCGUCUGGACCAACCUCACCGAGCCCCGCGUCCGGGUGUGGUUCAAGAACCGGCGGGCCAAGUGGCGGAAGCGGGAGCGGAACCAGCAGAUGGACCUGUGCAAGAACGGCUACGUGCCGCAGUUCAGCGGGCUGGUGCAGCCCUACGAGGAGGUGUACGGGGGCUACCCGUCCAACUACUGGCACGCCAAGAGCCUGGCGCCGGCGCCGCUCUCCUCCAAGGGCUUCACCUUCUUCAACUCCAUGAGCCCGCUCUCCUCGGCGGCGGCGCAGUCCAUGUUCUCGGCGGCGGCGGCGGCGGGGGCGCCCAGCCCGCUGCCCUCCAUGGGCAUGGCCUCGCCCAUGGGCCACUCCGCCGUGCCCUCCGCCGCCGGCCUCAACAACCUGGGCGCCGGCGCGGCCGCCCUCAACUCGGCCAUGGCCUCGCCCGCCUGCCCCUACGGCCCGCCGGGCUCGCCCUACAGCGUCUACCGGGACACGUGCAACUCCAGCCUGGCCAGCCUCCGCCUCAAGUCCAAGCAGCACUCGAACUUCGGCUACGGAGGCCUGCAGGGGCCCAGCGCCGCCGCCGCCGCCGCCAGCCUCAACGCCUGCCAGUACAACAGCUGACCGGGCCCCCCGCCGGGAGCAGGCCCCGCCGGGAGC